AUGUCACGCGGUCUGGAGACGCCUCCCGUCCUAGCGUCCAUCGGCACUGUCCUCAUUGACAUCUUUGAGCCACAAUCUGCCGCCUCGUUGGGAACGUCCUCGGCUGUCUCCAGCUGGGCGGCGUCCUCGUCAGGCCGGACGGACUCGGCCCCGCUGGGAUGCUCCUCGACUGGCGAGUUGCAUCCGAGCAUGCCUUGUCCCACUUCCUCCCUCCCCUUGCCUCUUCUGGCAUCGCCGUCGGCGUUGGUGUCGUUCUCGGAUUUGCAUCCGAAGGUGCCUUCCUCAACUCCCUUAAUCUCCUCGUCUCUUCCAACGUCAGCGUCGUUCUCUUCCUCGCCUUCUGAGAUCUCGCCCUCCCCACGAAAAGCACCACAAAUUGAGGCGGUGGGUGAAAUCCCGCUCGGAGGAAGGAUGGUAAUCGGGGGAGGCGCGAUGUACGCCAUCGUCGGGGCGAGAGUGUGGCUUCCCCCAAUUGCUCUGCGCACGAUUAUCGACCGAUCUCCGGGGAGGAGAAGAGUGGAAGGAGAAGCGCAAGGCGGCGUGACGGCAGCUCCUCCAGGAUCGCUACCGGCGAGGGAAAAUCCCGACGAGUUCGACGAUCUCCCUCGUGAACUGGAGGAGGAACUGCUUUCGUACGGUCCCAACAUGUGGGUAUUUAAUCGGGUACCCGGGGGACGAGUUCCGCGCGCGAGGAUCGGGUACAACGGGGCUGUUAGAAGCUACGCACACAUAAUCAAACCCGUACCCCGUACCGCCCUCGACCUCGCCCACGGCCCCCUCUUCGGCGCAGAAUAUCUUCACGUCUCACCACCCUUCUCCUCCUCUGACCUCCUCAACUUGCUAUCUGACCUACCCUCCUCCUGGAACCCGAAGGUAGUCUUCGAACCAGCGCCGAGCAGCUGUCACCCUGCCGGACGGAGGGCGUUUGAAGCCGCCGCACAACGCGUCCACGCCCUCUCGCCGAACCACGAAGAACUGCUAUCUCUCUACGACAGACCGGUACUGGAGGAAGAGGGGGAGAUUAGGAAGGUCGUCGAGGAGAUUGUGGCGUAUCUCCUCGGACUUGGGGUGCCUGUCGUGGCUGUUCGAUGUGGAGCCUCGGGGGCGUGUAUUGGCACAGUUGAAGGAUUGCGGUGGGUACCCUCGUUCUUUGAGGGUGAGCAGCACCGCGUUCGGGACGUCACGGGAGCGGGAAACGCAUUUAUCGGGGGGUACAUCGCCGGACUCCGCCUUACCGGCGACCCGUAUACAGCUGCGCUGUACGGGAUGGUUUCCGCAUCCUUCGUUAUCGAACAGCUCGGACCACCGUCUUUGAGUGUGUCAACAGAUGGGGAGCUAUGGAAUGGCGAUUCCGCACAGCACCGCCUCGCAGCGCUGUCUGAGCGGGUGCCAUGGGCGUAA